AUCAUUAAAUCAACCUCAUAUCCUGAUAGGAAAUCUUUUUGUCCCUUUACUAACGAUUAUAUUUGUGCUUGUGUAAAGGUUGGUAGAUCUGGAUCCAGAGUCAGAGUCAAGAGUGGAGGGAGGAGGAGGCCAAGCUGUGCCCACCUCAGGCAGAGACCAUGGCGACCUCUCCCGGCUUCGUAGCUCCUCGUUGGAGAUCAGAGAGAAAGAAAUCAGAGAAAAGGGAUCAGAGAUCCUUCGGGAACAGCUGGACGCUGCAAAGAAGGAACUGAAACUAAAGGACAAGGAGUGCGAGCGUCUGUCGCAAGUCAGGAAUCAGCUGGAGCAGGAGCUGGAGGAGCUGACUGCCAGUCUGUUUGAGGAAGCUCACAAGAUGGUGCAUGAAGCUAAUGUCAAGCAGGCGGGAGCGGAGAAACAACUGAAGGAGGCUCAGGGAAAGAUUGAUGUUCUACAAGCAGAGGUGACGGCGCUCAAGACUCUGGUAUUGACAUCAACACCUUCUUCGCCAAACCGCCAGCUGCAUCCACAGCUGCAGUCUUCAGGAACCAGGGGGGCGUACAAACAUGUUGGGGGCCAUAUCCGCAACAAGAGCGCCAGCGGUGCCUUUCCAUCCUCACAUGGAAAACCAGAACCUUCCUCAGUUCCCAUUCAGCCUGUGGCCAAAGAGGACAGAGAGCCUGCUGUUCCUGCUCUCCUCUCUCUGAUACUCUGCCUGGUCCCUGGCCAGUCUGUGAGUGUGACCUUUGACCAUUACUGGCAGGAGCGGGGGGAGGGUCUAGGCAUUGACGGCAGACAGGUAACUGCAUCCUUUCGACUUUCAGAUUUAGCUGCUGGCAGAUGGAUCUGUUCUCUGUUGUCGUGUCCUUUUAUGGGACACUGAGCAAGUUUUCCCUUCCACAGAGCACAAAGCGAUAAUUAUACACUGGCUGUCUAGAGGGAAAGUAUCAUCUUUAGUUGGCUAAACUCACAUUAGCAGAGUUGUCUCUGUUUUCAAUGGUGCUGUAGGGUAGACACAGACCUCAGGAAAUCUUUUCAUUAUAGCUCUCUAGUUAAGACAGUCAUCUC